AUGAGUUCAAAUCAAGAAUUGUCACAAGAUAUAUUAAAUCAAUUAAAUCUACGAGAUUCACGGGAAAAGAACCAUAAGAUUGAUGCCAAAUACUUCAACGCCUUCCAGCAAUUAUCUCAAAAGUUGAAUAAGUUAUCUACAACAACAAAUACUCUUCUACAGGGUCAAUCGCACAAUUCAGAAACUUUGACAAGUCUAAUAAACUCUAAGGAAAUUGAAAACUUGAAACUUGAAAACACUGAGUUGAUAACUAACUUAAAUAACCUUAUUAUAAAUAAUGAAAAACUAACCCAAACAAUCACUGCUAAAGAUCAAACUAUAAAGUCAUUGACGAAGCUCAACGAUAAGUUGAAUAGUAAAAUCGAGGCAUUAAAUUUGGAGAUAAAUGAGAAAAACAAAACUAUUGAAUUGAUCAAUGAUGAGGUGUUAACAAAUCAAAUACAAUUGAAUGUUUUGCAAAGUAAACUAGAAUCGUUGGAAAAGUAA